AUGUCGUCGCUGUCGAGCCUUUUACCUGCUCCUACACAGCAGGUGUGGGAUCGAGAUGACGAACGUAAGGCUCAGCGUGUCGGCAGCGCGCUGGUGGUCUCGCAGAGUAGCGUCCCGCCUUAUGGGCAGAGGAGAGGAUGGGUGCCCCGAAGGGAAGAAGACUACGGAGAUGGAGGUGCAUUCCCCGAAAUCCAUGUAGCCCAAUAUCCCCUCAGCAUGGGGGCAAGAGGCAAGGAGAGCACAUCUAAUGCUCUAGCUGUCCAGCUCGAUGAAUCUGGCCGAGUCAAAUAUUCUGCUAUUGCCAAGCAGGGACACAGUGCUGAUAAGAUAAUCUACUCAAAACUAACAGACCUUCUGCCAUCAGAAGUCCUAGCAGAAGAUGAUCCUACCCUCCAGAAACCCACAGAUGACGACAUCCAGGAUAUCACAGAGAAAACCAAACAGGCACUGGAGAAAUUGACCAAUGCCAAGAUCUCGGCUGCUAUGCCUGUCAAAGCUGCACCUAAAGCUGCGCCUGCGCAGUACAUCCGGUACACUCCCGCGCAGCAGGGUGGCACCUUCAACUCGGGCGCUAAACAACGAGUUAUCCGAAUGGUAGAGGCCCAAGUGGACCCGAUGGAACCCCCGCGAUUCCAAAUCAACAAGAAGAUUCCCCGCGCGGCACCCUCUCCUCCCGCACCCGUGCUGCAUUCCCCGCCUAGGAGAGUCUCCGUCAAGCAGCAGAGGGACUGGAAGGUACCGCCUUGCGUGUCCCAUUGGAAGAAUGCUAAAGGCUACACAAUACCCCUUGACAAACGUCUAGCAGCAGACGGAAGAGGCCUUCAGCAAGUGCAUAUAAACGAAAAUUUCUCAAAACUGGCCGAAGCUUUGUACAUCGCUGACAGAAAGGCGCGUGAAGCCGUUGAAGCCAGAGCUCAACUCGAGAGACGGUUGGCGCAGAGGGAGAAGGAGAAGAAGGAAGAACAUUUAAGAAUGUUGGCGCAAAGAGCCAGAGAUCAUCGAGCUGGAAUUCGAGCGCCUGAAGACGAGAUGGAACCCGUAGAACCUGACGAGAGCGGGCUGACGGCCGCCGAGAGGGACAAGCUCAGGGCCGAACGCCACAAGGAACGGCAGCGAGAAAGGAACCUCGCGAGAGCCGCGCCUGAUAAAAGGUCUAAAUUGGUAAAGGACAGAGAACGCGAUAUCUCCGAGCAAAUAGCUUUAGGCAUGCCGGCGAGGCAGCAGCAAAGCGCGGAAGGAAUGUUCGACCAAAGACUGUUUAAUAACAGCAAGGGAAUGGACAGUGGUUAUGGCGACGAUGAAGCAUAUAACGUGUACGACAAACCAUGGCGGAACCAAGAUGGCGUCGGUGCACAUAUCUACCGCCCAUCCAGACAUGCAGAUAAGGAUAAUUAUGGCGAUAUAGAUUCCAUAGUUAAUACGCGCAGGUUAGUUGUUUACACAGUACAUAAUCGCUUGAAAGUGAAAAACCUCAAAUGUCAAAAUUAACUCGGAGAUAAGGCAAUGACACGACUCCUGUUGUUACAGUCCCGCAGCCAUCAAGCGGAUGCAGACCUGGAUCCGUUUGGUCUGGAUCAGUUCUUGACGGAAGCCAAGCGCGCCGACAAGUCGGGUCGCAAACGCGACCAUCACGACCGCCACGACCAGCAUGCCAAGAAACGACGCGACUAGCUUUACAAGUGUUCGGCUGCCUUCAUUGUGUUAGAAAAAUUCACAUUAUACUGUGUCCAACCAUUUAUUUUAUUUUUGACAGCUGGAAUUCAAAUCAAUUAGUGAUGUCUUAAUGUGUUUCUGAUUCGAUUUUUUAUAACUAUAGAUUUUAUUUAUGAAGAAGUUUUAAUCGUGAAUAUGAGCGGGUUCAAAAAAAUGAUAUUGUCUGAUUGGGAUUGUGAUGUUGCAUUUAACAUUUUGUGUACUCAAGAAUUAAUAAUUAAUGUUAAUGGGGAUUCAAGUUAUGA